UUUAUAAAGGGGCACAGAUGAUCGCUUCUUGCAGUUUAGCUCUUUCCCAGUGACUUCUCUGUGGCUUCAUCAAUAUCACACUGCAUGAACACCAGACAAGCAAGAGCGGAAUCUCACUGGAUACGUGCUGAAGUUCCCCAAGGCAACCCAAGGAUGAGCCCACAUCUGUGGUGUAUGUUGGUCCUUUUUCUCUGUUCGUGCAGUAAAGAGAUGGUUGUGCUGGAUAAAACUAGACCGGCAAGGCAUUCAUAUCAGAUGCAAAACGGACAAAACCUCAUCAGGAACCUCAAAAGGCAUUCGGACGGGACAUUCAGCAGCGAUUUCACCCACUAUCUCGAUAAGAUCAAGGCUAAAGAUUUUGUGGAGUGGCUGGCCAGCACCAAACGGGAAGGAUGUCAUCAAGACCUGCUCCAGAUGGCAGCGCACGUUUAAGCCCAGCCCAGAGUGCAUGAACUGUACGCGUGAGACCGCUUCAUCGGCAGAUGAACCCUGAGCAACGGAACACAUCGAUUGGUUUAUUGAUUUAUUCAGAAUUUUGCACUUUGAAGUUUUAAUAACAAGCAAAAAUAUGAAGAAAAUAAUAAAGAUCUUCAACUUCUUAUCUUACUUGUUAUUUUGAAGAAGUGGAAUAAUUUCCUUCUCCACUGUUAAUUUUUUUUAUUUCAUAAGAAAUCAUGUAACGCUCAAACACUCCCUCCUUACAGAGAAUGCAGGCUUGAUCUAUUUUUGUGUGCCUUAUGUUGAUACUUCCUCUGCAGUAUGAAUAAACUAACAUGCAAAAUCAA